GUGCUGCGUGCCAAUUUAAAGAUGGACUCUCAGAAUGCCCAGAAGAGUUGGGUACUGGCUAAUAGUAUUGAAUCUGUUAGCAGCGCUGAUGAAAUUUACCGAUACGAUGCUAAGCAACAGCAAGAUAUAUUGACAGCAAAACCAUGGGAAAAAGAUCCCCAUUAUUUCAAAUACAUCAAGAUCUCAGCUCUAGCGCUACUAAAGAUGGUGAUGCAUGCAAGAUCAGGUGGUAACCUGGAAGUCAUGGGACUUCUUCUUGGGAAAGUGGAUGGAAACACCAUGAUUGUCAUGGAUGGUGUAGCACUUCCUGUGGAAGGGACAGAGACAAGAGUGAAUGCUCAGGCACAAGCGUAUGAAUAUAUGGCCUCUUACACAGAAGCUGCUAAGCAGGUUGGUCGACUGGAGAAUGCCAUUGGAUGGUACCACAGUCAUCCAGGUUAUGGCUGUUGGCUCUCAGGUAUUGAUGUCAGUACCCAGAUGCUGAACCAGCAGUUCCAGGAGCCCUUUGUUGCCAUUGUGAUUGAUCCUGUAAGAACUAUAUCUGCUGGAAAAGUCAACUUGGGUGCCUUUAGAACAUAUCCAAAGGGUUACAAGCCUCCUGAUGAGCCUCCUUCAGAAUAUCAGUCAAUACCGCUCAACAAAAUUGAAGAUUUUGGAGUUCACUGCAAACAUUAUUAUGCUCUAGAUGUUGCCUACUUCAAGUCAUCCAUGGACAAGCGUCUUCUAGAUUCACUAUGGAACAAAUAUUGGGUCAACACUCUCAGCUCCUCCAGUUUACUAACUAAUGCAGACUACACAACUGGCCAAAUUUAUGACCUUGCAGACAAAUUAGAACAGUCAGAGGCUCAGCUAGGUCGUGGUGGGUUCAUGCUUGGCAUGGACAGCCAGGACAAGAAGUCAGAAGAUAAACUUGCAAAGGCCACGAAAGAUGGAUGUAAAACGACUAUGGAAGCUAUCCAUGGACUUAUGUCCCAGGUGAUAAAAGAUAAACUCUUCAAUCAAGUGCACUGCAAGACACAAACCUCAUAAUGGCAAUUUUUUUCAGAGACAUUACUAUUUUGACUGCCUCAUGGAAAUUACAACACAAAGCGUCUUUGUAAUUGGCUCUGAUUAUUUCUUUUGCAGAAAUUGUAUACCCUAAUUUCACACAUUUUUAUCAGAUAGUUCUCUUAUGGUUGACCAAAAUGGUCACACAGGACUGUUCAGUCAUUGGAAGAAAGAGCAAAGGUCUCUCAAGCACUAAUGCAGCUGUAAAACGUGAUAGAAGUGGGAGUGAGCAAGCAGAAACUGAAACUACAAAGGAAUGCUUACUGAAGUGGAAGUGAUCUUUUGAGCAUGAUCACAUAAAAAAAAAUUGAAACUUAUACUUUUUCAUGCCCACAUAGUAGUAUUGCUGAAUGAUGAAUAAAAGUAUUUAAAUUAUC